GUGUGACCUAUCCUCCCUCAUUGUAGCGAUGAACAGAUAAGAGAUGCGAGCGAGGGUGACUGUAGCAAAUACCGAUGGAUAGAACUGAGAAUACACAGAACAUGUUAAUUUAGUAUUCCUCAUGUUUUGUAGUUUAACGUACAUAGGAAUUUAAAUAAAACCUGACCGUUCAAAGAGGGGAUUGUACGAGACAGAAGGGUUUGUGUGACGUUAGAUGACUAGCUAACGUUGGGCAACGUUAAUCAAUUCAGUUUGACUGAUUUUCUAACCGACGAUCUGCGAUAUUACGAAGUGCGCAUAUCGUAAUCCAACCCGGUCUUCCUCAUUGACGCAGUCCGAAGAGUGUACUGGUUCGGAGAAUGCUAAAGAAUGAGUCAAAGGGAUACCCUGGUUCAUUUGUUUGCCGGAGGGUGUGGGGGAACAGUGGGUGCUAUUCUGACUUGUCCUCUGGAAGUGGUAAAGACCAGACUACAGUCCUCUCAUGUCACCUUCUACAUCUCUGAGGUGCAGCUCAGCACCGUCAACGGGGCCAGUGUGGCCCGCAUGGCCCCCCCGGGACCCCUCCACUGCCUCAAGUUGAUACUGGAGAAGGAGGGACCGCGCUCGCUGUUCAGAGGCCUUGGGCCCAACCUGGUGGGUGUGGCUCCUUCCAGGGCCAUCUACUUUGCAUCCUACUCCACUGCCAAAGAGAAGCUGAACGGCGUGUUUGAGCCCGACUCGACGCAGGUCCAUAUGGUGUCUGCAGGCCUAGCAGGGUUCACUGCUAUCACGGUGACCAAUCCCAUCUGGUUGAUCAAGACCCGGUUGCAGCUGGAUGCCAGGAACCGUGGCGAGAGGCGCAUGAAUGCGUUUGAGUGUGUGCGGCGGGUCUACCAGGCGGAGGGCUGGCGGGGCUUCUAUCGGGGUAUGUCUGCCUCGUAUGCCGGCAUCUCUGAGACUGUCAUCCAUUUUGUCAUCUAUGAGAGCAUCAAGCGCAAGCUGAUGGAGUCCAGGGCCCAGGCCAGCAUGGAUCAGGACGAGGACGAGUCGGUGAGGGAUGCCUCAGACUUUGUGGGCAUGAUGCUGGCCGCCGCCACCUCCAAGACCUGUGCCACCUCUCUCGCCUACCCCCACGAGGUGAUCCGCACCCGGCUACGAGAGGAGGGCAGCAAGUACCGUUCCUUCUUCCAGACAUUACUGACAGUACCUAAGGAGGAGGGCUACCGCGCCCUGUACCGUGGUCUCACCACCCAUCUGGUCCGCCAGAUCCCCAACACCGCCAUCAUGAUGUCCACCUACGAGAUGGUGGUCUACAUGCUACAACGCUAGCCCCUCCCCUUCCUGUCUGGAGAGAAAGUAGGAAGUGACUGACUUGGUUGGGCAUAUUUAAGAUGGAGACCAAAGGAAAACUGAUAUGGACCAGAACCAAGAAGAAAGAACAGGAGCCCCCCUACUCCCCAUCCAACAACCUCACACCCUAAUCCUACAGGUUGACUCUCAAGGGGGCUCUAUGGUCUGGGGACAGAGAGAAACAGUUGGGUCAGUCUUUUUAUAGAGCCUGUCAAACAGGAGAUGUCUCUGAAGGAAAGACUGAUAUCAUGUUGUGGCCUUUAAAGAGUUUUAAGUUUGUCGCUGUGUCUUUUGUAGAAUGAAACCAAACUGCUUUAGCCUGUAUCGGAAAUUACAAUCUGAAAGGGAAUGCUUGAAAACAAUCGAUCAAAAACUGGUGUCAUAACACUGAACAUUACAUAAAAUUCUCCAGUAGAUGCAUUUGAUUAAAUUAGUGCUUUUUCACUAGGAUUUAGCAUGUAAGCUAAUAUUUGAAACAAGCUUAGCAUGCUCUGUUUCAGUAACUUGAAACCAAGUUUGGUGGAUGGGUAUCUUUAUUUUCAACUGAUUUCCCCCCAGAUCACUUUUUCAAGCAAGAAUUUUGCUAGGACUGUUUGAGUGGGGAGGGGAAAGCUAGCUACUAUUGGAAGAGAGGUUUGGAACUCUUUCUUAUUGGUCUAUUAACUGAUUUCAAAGUUCCAUCCCACCUAAACAGGCUGAAAUUUCAGGUCUCUUCAAACAGCUCUUACACUAAAAGGGCAUUAUCAUAAUUUUUACAACUUCACAAUAUUCCAACCUCCAUUGUGUAUAAAACACAGUAAAAUCAUGCUUUUGACUGCACUGGGCCUUUAAAACCUUGUCACAAUAAAGCAAACGCCAACCUAGUGUCUUAAUAGGGCGUUGGGCCACAACAAGCAACCAAAACCGCUUCAAUGUGCUUUGGCUUUGAUUCUGUGUCUGGAACUCUAUUGAAGGGAUGCGACACCAUUCUUUCAGGAGAAAUGUCAUAAUUUGGUGUUUUGUUGAUAGUGGUGGAAAAUGUGGUCUUGGGCGUCGCUCCAUAAUCUCCAAUAAGUCUUCAAUCAGGUUGAGAUCUGGUGACUAACCCCUCUAUUUUCCUAUGAAACUCCUCUUUUAAAGUCCCUGAGAAAAAACUGGGCAUUUUUAUACAUGACCCUAAGCAUGAUGGGAUGUUAAUUGCUUAAUUAACUCAAAAACCACACCUGUGUGGAUGCACCUGCUUUCAAUAUACUUUCUAUCCAUCAUUUACGCAAGUGUUUUCUUUAUUUUGGCAGUUACCUGUAUAUCAAAAGAAAAUAGCAAGCAAACCAUACAUGCACAACAACGAGUUUGUCUUCAAGCAUUCCCCUGAAGGUUCGAGUUUCCCAUUAUAGUCUGAAGCAUUGCAUAUGGUGCACUGCUCCACAAGACUAGUGAUCGCCGAUCACAACACAUGCCUCACACUUAACCAGUGGUUUUUGUUUUGAAAGCUGACUAUCAUUUCAGUGUUUUUGUAUAACGGUAUUGUUUCUCUGAUACUAGUCAUUGUGAAGGACCUAGUUGUCUCGUGAAUGAACUAGACUUCACUACCCUAGAAGGGUACCAACAUUUAGCAGGUUAGAGAUCUAUCUAUCGGUGUGAUGCCGCUACUUGAUGAUAAUUUAAGUGUUGAAGCCAGGUUGUGUCAAUGUUUAUUUCAUCACUACUCCCAACCUGAGUGUUUGCAAGACUCGGACUGUGACCAUAAGUGCGUGCAAGAGAAAGUGUGUGUGUGUGUGUGUGUGUGUGUGUGUUGCUGUGCAUUUGACUCCGUUUGUGUAUUUUUGUGUGUUUGUGGGGUGAGAGCGAACAUCCCUGAUAUCUGGUAGAGUUCCCUCCACUAAAAGUGAAUCAUGUAUACUGAACAAAAAUAUAAAUGCAACUGAUUUUACUGAGUUACAGUUCAUAUAAGGAAAUCAGUCAAUUGAAAUAAAUGUAUGAGGCCCUAAUCUGUGGAUUUCACAUGACUGGAAAUACAGAUAUGCAUUGGUUGGUCACAGAUACCUUAUUAAAAGAAGUGGUCUUCGCAAUGGGCCUCAGGAUCUUGUCAUAUUAUUUCUGUGCAUUCAAAUGUUCAUUGAUCAAAUGCAAUUGUGUUCGUUGACAUCAGCAAACGGCUCACCCACACAACGCCAUACACGUGGUCUGCGGUUGUGAGGCUGAUUGGACGUGCUGCUAAAUUCUCUAAAAUGACGGAGGUGGUUUAUGGUAGAGAAAUUAACAUUAAAUUAUCUGGCAACAUGUGGGCAUUCCUGCAGUCAACAUGCCAAUUGCACACUCCCUCAAAAUCUGAGACAUCUGUGGCAUUGUGUUUGACAAAACUGCACAUGUUAGAGUGGCCUUUUAUUGUCCCCAGCAAAAGAUGCACCUGUGUAAUGAUCAUGCUGUUUAAUCAGCUUCUACAUAUGCCACAGCUGUCAGGUGGAUAGAUUCUUUGUGCACAACAUUUUAGAGAAAUAAGAUUUUUAAUAAUAAUAAUAUAUGCCAUUUAGCAGACGCUUUUAUCCAAAGCGACUUACAGUCAUGUGUGCAUACAUUCUACGUAUGGGUGGUCCCGGGAAUCGAACCCACUACCCUGGCGUUACAAGCGCCAUGCUUUUAUUUCACCUAAUGAAACAUGGGACCAACACUUUACACAUUAUAUUUUUGUUCAGUGUAGAUCAUUAAGGUUAGGAGCAAGGCUGAGCUACUGUACAUUUGUGGUCCAUCCCAGCUCCUACACCCGAGCCCUGCCUUACCAAUGGCUUCCAACUCAACAUUUAUGACCUUUUGGGUCUUGUGCUUAACAUUCGUGUGUGUGUGUGUGUGUGUGUGUGGGACAUUUUAAUCUUGCAUUAUAAGAAUAGUGUUACUGUUUAUGCAAAAACUGUAUUUUGCUCAACAGUUCCCAUUGCAGAUAUUGUACAGUUGAGUACUUAAUCUUGCAAAGGAUUUUCAUUUGUGUGUUGAUAUAGUACAUGUUUAUGCAUAUCAACUAUUGUGUAUAUUUUGCUUAGAUCCAUGUAUUAUACUGCAGUUCAGUUGCAAAUUAUUUGUUUUGUUUGUGUACUAUUGUCAAGAUAUUUUAACCUGUUGCAACAUGGUGUGUUGACAUUUUUAUUUUGUUAAUUGUAUAUUAUAAUAUUGUAUUUAAUUUGACAUGUAAGGCUUGAUGCUGAAAUAUGGUCUUUAAUUUUAUGGCAUUCAUAAAAUAAUUUGAUUUGGUGUAAAAUACUGAAUUUUUUGUUUUGUUUUGACCCCGUUUGCUAUCCAUAGUAACCUCCAUAUCUAAGUGUGGAGACUGCUACAACAUACUAUCAGCUCUUAACAUUAUAGUCAUUUAGUAGACACUCUUAUCCAGAGUGAUUUUACAGGAGCAAUGAGGGUUAAGUGCCUUUGUUCCAAAUUCUCAAUCUGGCAUUUCGAUAAUAAACAGAUGGGGUUCAAUCUUACUGAAUAUUUAUAUUAUUGUAGUGUCAAUAUGACAAGAUUGUUUUGGCAUUCAAGUUGCCCUGAAGUAGUUUUAACUGAUUCUGGAUUCCUGAUUUAAAUACUUUUCGGCAGUGCAGAGGCUACAUGGGAUUAUGAUGCGUAUAAUUUAGAUGGAUGUAAAUAUCCUUCUGUACAUGGAAGCGUUCAAACACAGUGUCUUUAUCUACAAUAGUUGCCCAUUUUCUCAUGCCAAUUUCAACUUGUUUCCUUUCCACUGAAAUACUGUAUUAAAACCGCAAUGUGAAUGAACAUACUGGAGUCCUUUUCCCACAGACUACAGCGUAGGUGUAAUCGUUACUGUCAGUGCCCUGAUAGUCAAACUGACUUGAAUAACUAGUGUACAAAGGAAUAUCAUUUUCACAAACCAACAACAGUUCCAUGAACAAUCAACUGUGAUGUAUUUUGUUGUAGAGCAUAGGCUUGCAUAUAAAUUACUGUCCUGUUCUGCUUUCAAUUCAAGACUCUGUUGUAUUGGAAAUAAAACACUAUACAGGACAUCA